AUGCAGGUCCGCAAGGCGCGCAGUUGGUACGGCUCUUGGCCACGCGUCCCAAAGACUUCCGCAUCGACUCAACUGGCACGCGAAACCAUUUUCGGAGGCACUUCCAAGCCCUCCAGUAUCCCCGAUUUUCGAAGAUUUGAUACCAAAAAGAGCAUUGACCCGGCAAGUUUCGACGGCCCGGCCGAUUCAUCAGCAUCAUUACCACAGAUACCUGAGGACGGUGCUGCGACGCCGGAAGGAGACGCAACGGUCAAGAAGGACGGCGUUGAUGCUAAAGCGCAGGCUCCAUCGACGGAGACUAGUAAAGCAGUAGACGGAACACCAGCGAAAGUCGACGAUACGAGCAAGACGAUAGAAGAGCCGCAAGCGCAAGGCGUCGAGCCACCAGCUACAGCAUCAGGCUGGUUUGGGUGGCUAGCACGGGCCCCAGUGACAGAAACACAGUCGUUCACGCCCGUCGAAGAGACACCAAAAGAGGCAGAUCCUGUACCAGAGCCAGAGCCUGAACCCCAGCCAGCACCAUCAGCCGAGCCACAAGCCCCUGAGGCUGCCGUCGAAAACGCAGGGCCGAACCCGCCCUCAUCGACAAACUCUUGGUUCGGCUUCUGGUACUCGAACGCUCCUGCGACAGAGAACCCUCCAAACUCAGAUACCCCGAAGCCCACCGAAAGCACCGAGAUACCAAAGGCACCCGAGGAGCCGGUGAAGCAGCCCGAAGACGUGACUAUGGAGGACGCACCACCACCGAAGCCAGAGCCUGCCAAGACACCAUCAGCCGGUUCUACUUGGGCAUUCUGGUCUAGAGACACUCGUCCCAAAGCCGAGGGAAGUAAACACCAGACAGCGCAGCCAGAAUCAGGGGAGCUUGCGGUCAUUGGCCAGGGAUCAGAAGCGCACCCAGAGCAUACGGGAAUCAGUGUCGAACAAUCACAAUCAGACCAAGCAAUGAAAGAUGGGAAGAAUACCAAAUGCAAGGUCGUCCAAAAGUACCAAGGCGGGUACCGCGUCAGCACCAUCAACGCUUGGAAGGAAGAGUAA